CUUAAAUAUGUGAAGCUGGCCGUGGUCUGUGAGGCAGGGCCUGUGUUAAGACAGAGAGUCGUCCAUUGACGUUAUACCCCAUCCAACUUACACUUGAAACCUUUGAGCCAGAAUGUCGUGCCCCCUAUUCUUCGUAGUCGCCCGUGUCGUCGGUUCAGAUGGCUCUCUGGAAAAGUGGAAACAAAGACUCAUCGCCCUCUGCGCCGUCUCGGCGACCGAACCCCUAGGAAACAGCUACUACUGGGGCCACGACCUCUCCAACGCCGAACCAGACACCCUCUGGGGCCUCGAAGGCUACACCCACCCGGCGGGCUUCUUCCUCGGCCCCACACCUCCACCGACCCCGGACUACGAUCUGCAUCACUGUGAUCUCGCGGGCGGCUGGUUGAAGCGGGAUGAUGACCCUGGGAAGGAUUCUCAGGGGAAGGAAUACCAGGCAUUGCUCGCGGCUUUGCAGCCGCUGACUGCCAGGACGGAGACGCACCUGUCGCAGAUCUUCAAUGGACACAUUGAUCAACGGCCGAAAGAGACUGGUGUAUAG